CUGGGUGCCCACUGCUCAUGUCAUCUCCUGUACUGUGUUCGCAGUCUCUGGUCAUCCCCUGUACUGUGUCCGCAGUCUCUGGUCAUCCCCUGUACUGUGUCCGCAGUCUCUGGUCAUCUCCUGUACUGUGUCCGCAGUCUCUGGUCAUCUCCUGUACUAUGUCCGCAGUCUCUGGUCAUAAAGGAUUUGAGCAGCAAAUUCUGGAUUCAUUUCUUUGCCUUGUAUUUACAGAUGAGCUGUGCUAGCACCCUCAUUACAAGCUUGCAGCAGGUAUCUUGAUUUCUCACCUGGAGCAGCUUUACACUUCCACUUUUACUUCACACCUAGUCUCACUUUUGUCAUUCACUGCAUGUGCUGCUAGUAAAAUGG